AACGACAAUUACAUUUAUCAGAGUUGUAACCCAAUCAACAAUCAACACGUCCCCCCCAUUUCUUUUUCCUCAGAAAAGCUAGUAGGAAACACACUACCUCUCCCUCUCCAUCUGCAAAUCCUAGAAACCCUAGAAGAUCAAAGAGAGCGACCAUGAAUGCCCUCAGACGCUCCUCUGUCAAGUUCACCACCACCACCCUCCACCACCUCCGUUCCUCCUCCCUUCCACAUUCCACUUCCACUAUCCGCUCCAUUUCAUCCUUCACCCAACUCAGAUUCAACUCUACACCAACCUAUUCCUCCCAACCUAUGCCAUUCUUCGACACCUCCGUCUCUCUUCUCCCCGACCACCGCCUUCCUCACAACUUUCCGGUAGUCCGCUUCCUCUCACAAAAGGCUGCCCAGGGAAGGUCCAUAAAUCUCGAUCUGCCUCAACCAAGCGAAGCUCAAGGUGUACAACACCUGAAAGAAGAGGAGAAAGAAACUGAGUUGGUUGAUGUUAAGGCCUGUUUGGAGAACCAGUUGCGAUGGGGGUUUAUACAGAAAGUUUAUGGGAUUGUGACCACACAGGUUUUUGCUACUUCUGCUAUUUCUUCGCUCUUGGUGUUCAACCCACCUGCGGUUAACUUUCUCGCUCAAAUUCCUUAUAUCGUUCCUGGCCUAUUUGUCGCCGGUCUUGGCUCUCUAUAUACCAUGCAGAGGUAUGAGCGCAAGUACCCCCAGAAUCUCAUUUCCCUGGGUGUUUUCACCUUGAUACAGGGCGUCACGAUUGGUUUUUGCUGUUCUGCUACUGAUGGAAGGAUAGUGCUCGAGGCGUUAGGUCUAACUGCAGCCGCGUUCAGCUCCUUAACUGGGUACACUUUCUGGGCUGCUAGGAGGGGCAAGGACUUCAGCUUUCUCGGGCCAAUCUUGUUCCCUUCACUUGUUACCCUUGCCGCUGCCAGUGUGUUGCAGAUAUUUUUCCCACUUCCCUCUGGGCCUGCAUCAUUAAUCCUUAGUGGAGCUGGUGCAAUGUUGUUCUUGGGUUACAUUGUUUACGACACUGACAGGCUAAUCAAGUACUUCGACUAUGAUCAGCACUUAACAGCCUCGUUGCAUCUCUACUUGGACGUGAUAAACUUGUUCCUUUAUAUCAUGCGGAUCCUGAAAGAGCUGACUCCGGUGCCCAACGAGGACUGAUCUCUGAGCAUAUGUUAAAUGUUGAAAGUGCACAACUCUAUUGGGUGUUGUUGGAAGCAGACUUGGCUUUGUUCUAAAUUGUGGAUUUUCCUAUGUUAAGUCGUGGAAACAUGGAAAUAAUGUUAGCUUACGCAUGGCUUUGUGUGAAGCUUGCUUAAUCCUUAAGAGUGGAUAAAGUUUCUACGUCGAA